AUGUCCCGCAACCGAUGCGUUGAUGACAAUAAGCCAGGUCCGGCACAAAUCAAACACUAUGCUGACAGGGCGAGAGACGGUACGGGUCUCAUUGUGUCCGAGGGCGUGUUCAUUGACUGGACUGGUUGUGGUUGGCAAUACACGCCAGUCAUGAUCACAGACGACCAUGCCGCGGCCUGGAAAAAGGUGACCGACGCAGUCCACGAGGCCGGUGGCAAGAUGUUUCUCCAGGCCUGGCAUCCGGGUCGUUGUGCCCAUGACGAGAUGCCCAUUGCCAAGGAGCACAAGGCCCAGGUUCUGGCUCCGUCUGCUAUCAAGGCAAACGCAGGAGAGUACCGUGACUUGCCUGGCCAGCCUGGACAUACGGCCAAUGUCCACGCCAUCGAGGACCCGAAAACAGUCAUUGAGACAUAUCGACAUGCCUGCAUUCUAGCUAAAAAGGCUGGAUUUGAUGGUGUUGAGUUGUUAGCCCAAGGUGGCUACUUGCCUCAACAGUUUCUCAAUUCUCGCGCCAACAAGCGAACAGACCGUUACGGUGGCACAGUCGAAAAUAGGUGCCGUUUCAUCCUCGAGACGAUCGAUGCUAUUGCCAAGGUUUUUGACGGUCCAGAUGCUAUCUGCGUCAAGAUCUGCCCUACCGAUUAUUUGAACGACUCCGUGGUAGACUUUGGCGAGAUGAAAGAGACUUAUACCUACUUGAUCAAUGAAAUGGUCAAACUCAGGGGUUAUGACCCAGUUCUAGAUUUCGGAAAGCUUGUCAAGUUCCCGGGCAGCCCGUCCAAACUCAUGGCCAACAAUGACUACACAGUUGGGGAGGCUGACAGACUGAUAAAGGAGGGAAAGCUGGACAUGAUCGCGAUCGCCCGGCCUUUCAUUUACAACCCGGUGAGUAAUCCACUCUCCAAAGACUCGCAAUAUAAACUGACAUAG